AUGGAGAAGAAGAAGCGUGCCUGCGACGCGUGCUACAGGCGCAAGAUCCAAUGCGAUGCUUCCGAGGCAGGGGCUCGGUGCGACUGGUGCCUCCACCACAACCUCCCCUGCACCUUUGACCGUGUCAGAGGGCGGAAGAAGCGGCCAAGCGCCGAGGCUGCGGCGCGCCAGAGUCUCGCCAAGCGCCUCGAACGCGUCGAGGAGGCAAUCGCCCGGACGGAAGCUCUCAAAGAGGGCAGCCGCACGCCAUCUGACAGUUCUUCUGGGUCCACACCACACGUUCCUGACCAAACGGCCCAGCAAAAUGGGAACCAGGAUGCAAGUCACGCCGCAGAUCACGGCUGUCCUGUAUGCCGGUCCAAAUCUUCCGCCCAGCUCCCUUCGAGGCGCGUCACCCAUACCCCUCUCGGGCAGAUCUACUUUGCAGGGCAGAACUUUGGUGCCAUAUGUUGCCGUAAUGGCGUACCACACUUCACCGCUAGUGGCGAGCAAUGGAUACACUCGCGGACCGGCCAGUGGCCACGCUUCGGGGACAUCUACGGGAGCGAGACAGCUGCUCCUCCAGGGCUCCCUGUAGCUGCCUCAACCCUGUACUCGCUGUCGAAUCGAUCUUACCAGGGACACGACGCGCAACUGCCCUCGAGGUGGGUGGUGCAGUCUUUGCUGGACGAAUUCAUAGCGUCCGACUUUAGUCUUGUAUUUCCGCUGGUGGAUCGCGUGCUGUUUGAGGAGACGGCCAAGCUGGCUUACAGUCGGCAAAAGCCUCUCAUGUGUGAGUAUGUUGGCGCCAAGGCAUGCGUGUUUGCAUUUGUGUCCAUGGCCAGCUCCAACUUCCCCGACCUGGAGGCCGCCUCUCACAUUGACCCCGAUGCAUGUGCAAAGGAGGCUCAGAUCUUGCUGGCGGACUUUCUGGAGGACGCGAGCAUCACAACGCUCCAGACAAUGUUCAUGUUGCUCCUUCACGAAACACUAUACGGCCACCUGCAGGCCGCCAUCAUGUAUCACGCCGUGGCGUGCCGGACGAUGUUUUCGUUGGGAGGCCACACGACUACCAUGCCCGCAUCGACUGGUCGCGCGCUCACCAUCCCGGAGCGGGAGGAUCGUCAUCUGAGACAUCUGUUCUGGCUCUGUUACUCCUUUGACAAGGACAUCGCCCUUCGCACCGGUCAGCCGCCCAUAAUACGUGACGACUUUUGCGACAUAUCUCUGCCAGACGACUACGUGCAGGAUCGUUACGACCGUCACCGACAUGGGGACGACGGCAAGACCCCGUGGUUCCCCAACGAUCUUCGCCUCAGUCUGAUCAAGUCCAAAGCCGUCGACGCCAUCUAUUCUGCCGUGGCGCUCCGCAAGUCUGACGCAGAACUUCUCCGGGCGAUACGCGAAUUGGACGACGAGUUGGAGCGCUGGCGAGUCUCUAUCCCAGCUGACUUUUCGCCCGCGUUGUCGGUGCGGCGCGCCGUCCAGCUCGAGGAUCUUGACAGGUCGAGGAGCAUGCUGCACAUAGAGCUGCACCUUGACUACCACUACUUACUAAACAUUAUCCAUGUCGCCAGCGGCCGCUGCGUGUUUGACCGUCAGGGCCGCGAGAAAGACAAGACGUACGGCGUCGAGUCUAGCUUGGAUCUGUCUAUGGAGGCAAGCAGAUCGACACUCAUCUACCUGAGUGCCAUGGCGCCUCGACUCGCCGGCGAGGCAUUCUGGGUCUUCAUCUUCUACCCGGUCUCAGCGCUCAUGACUGUCUUCUUCAACAUCCUUCGAAACCCGCAAAGUGAACAUGCCGUUCACGACGUGGAACUGCUAAGCACGGCAUCAGACGUCAUACGGAGCAUGCCGUUGCACAAGGAAACGGCGUAUGAGACGGCGUACCUCCGGCGGAUGGACCGCUUCGUGGCUGAGUUGAGUAGACUUGGCAAGUGUGCGAUUGCCCGGACGCACGGUGAGCGCGAUGGCUAUCCGUUGUCGCGAUGA